AUGCAGCUAGACACUGAGACUCUUCAGAAAGUGUUCAACGCACUAGAUACCGAGCAUAAGGGCCACAUAACUGUGGAACAGUUUACUUCCGCUUUAGAACAGUUCUAUUCCUCGUUAGUUCAGAAUGAUGACGAGAAUCCCACGUUAAAUCGGAAGCAUUCGCUGGUCUGGCAAUCCCGUCUAAUUAUACGGUUUAGAACGUCAAAACUAUUGUUAGUGUCCUCGACCCUGAGAAAGACGGUAUAAUAUCUUUCGAGGAUUUCAAGUCUGCAUUUCAAGACUACUUUUGUUCGGAAGGUUUGGAUUCGAUUGCCUUCGAUUUUUGCUCUCAUAGAUACUGAAAAACCGAAGCGCAAAAAUAUGACCCUCAGACUGAUGGGAAGGAGUGUUUCAAUUAACCCAGAAGACUACGUUCUGAAUCAAAGUGAAGGCGAGAACGAUUUGCGGGUAUUUCCUUAGUAUAUGUUCUCUUGUUCCUUUGUUCACCAAGCGUUUACGCUUAAGAAAAUGACGUCUUCUUAUUGACAGUAGUUUGUCGAACCAUUAACUCGACACACUUUCGCGGUUGCCCCAUCACUUUCCCCUUUCAAAUAUUCCUAACGCUUCCCCUCGCAGUAAUAAAUAUAGCCGAUUCUGGUAAUCGUAGAAGUUGUCCAAACGUCCGCGUUGCGUUUAUCCACCGUCUGUAAAUAUUUGUGUAUUUCAUUCCUUUUUUAAAUGCUUUAGCGUCUUAGAAGGCAUAGGCCUCCUUAAUUAUUUUGCAUGCUCACAUCUAUUCACCUACCACGGCCGACACCGUAACGUUUGGGUCGCUCUGCCGUCCCGCCGCAUGAAAGCACAUCGGACAACACUUUUUUAACUGUUAGUGGCCAGACAGCUCAUGACUUUGAAUACUUUGCGGACUUUUAAGGUCUCCUAAUGGAUUACGCUUGUUAGAAUUAUUAGGACAAGCGUUACGAUUGGCUUCGAGAACGUCUUCUUCUCAUUUGUUUCACAAAUCAGUUCCUAACUAGUCCUUUCCCUUUUUACAGUCUAUUGACCACUAAAUAAUACUAUUACGCAACUAUCGAAGUGACUACUGAGCAAUACACAAUUUUGCUGAAACCCACGCUAGCAGUGUGCAAAUAUGGGAGCUAUUAAUGAUUUCUGUUUCGCACUGCCCUUUUAUUCACUAAAGUAGUGACUUUAGAGGCAGUGUUGUGCUGGUGACUUAGGUCAGGCAAAAAUUAUCCUGCAAGUGAUGCGGGUAACCUAGUUUAAUGAAACUGAAAAUCAAGUUAAAUUGUUUUAGAUGGCAUUUACACGGUGAUGGAUAGAAAUUUUACCUGUAAAAGGAACCAAGCAAACGAAAAAAGCGGCGUGACCUAAUUUAUCUCAGAGGUUUUUCAUGGAGGAAAGGAAAUCGUGUAUAGUGAGAUACCACUUAAUGCAGCAUUUAGAACCGUCUGUCUUUGAGAUUUAAAAUAUCACGGAUCCCCACCUUGAUGUCUCAACCACUUGUUGUGUGAGUUUUCUUGUCUAUUAGAUGCAUUGAAGGCACGAGAAUCCCGAAGUUGGGCCUGAGCUGACUAGUAGAUAACGUGUUGUUUAUGUCACAAAACAAUUAUAGGAACAGCAAAUUUACCUGUCGAUCAAUGAAGAUAAGGACAUUUUAGUAACCGACAUGGGAAUAUUUGCACUGCACCCUUAUUUUUAAGCAUUCAUAUGUGGCAACUUGCUCUGAGUACUGAUGAAAGAGGGCUCUCCGUCUAAGCACGAAGGCGAUGCUUACUCGCCAAUGCAAAAUCCGACAAUUUCCAAUAGAAACUGUAGAAAGACCAUUCGAUGUAUACCUAGACCAAAGGAGCACCUGUAUUGCCGCCUUAGAAGUCGUGAAAAUGGGUGCUUGUCUACUACUCCACACACCCCAGGAAGUCCCUGCUUACUUCAUUAGAGAUAUAAGUAGGCAACUAACGAGCAACGAACCAGCGUAACGAUUAGAGACCUGCAGUAAUACUCGGUCACAUUCCAAGAUAAUACUGAUGGAAGCAAGAGGAUGCUCGACCGUAUGGUUGUUGAGUCUUUCACGAGAAGCAUUGUACUGCUGUGGAUUACAAAAUAUAUAUUCAUAGUUUCUCCGAAGACUCACGAGCUAACGCGACAACAAGCAGUUCGCAUAACUUUCAUGCGAUUCCUUCGAACAUUCAGACGAUUUGUAUUGCGUCUCUCCCUUUAUGUAUGCCUAGACUGAGGACAGCGGCUUUUUGGAAACUGGUGGCCCCGAACCCUCGCUUGUUUCGCCUGACUUCGGGUAAGUAAACUGCGCGGGUACUUUUCACUUCCAUCCCAUGCUGCUAUUAUCAGACAUUGCUGACAGGUUCACCAUUAACAAGGACCAACGAUGUGUAUAUAUGCAUAUAUAUAUAUAUAUUGAAAGGCUGACAUCCCAAAAUAUAAAGAUAGUGGGUUCUUUAGGACGGAUAAGAACUUUAUUAGUAAAUUUUCGACGAUGACUUCUCGGGCCGCCAUUUACAAAAAUUUUAGGGAAAAGUGAGAGAGACGGAAACCGAUUGACACACAAUAGUAUAUGCGACGGACGCUUUCCGACAGAAACGUCGGAGAAGUACUGAUUUUUAAGCAUGUUUAAAGUGUUGGCUGUUUUUUGUACAUUUCCUCAUGCCUGACAACGAUCCGGCCAACCCGAUGGAGGAAGUAGGGCGAUCUCUGGGAAGGACGAUUUAAUUAUUUGACACUUCACGCCCGUGCUUGAGCACACCAUCAAAGGUGGACAGAAUGGGAGGCGCGGUUUAAUUAAGUCUCUCUCUCUCUUUCUCACUUCUAAUAAGCUCAUCACUCUCUUCUCAUUGGUUUUCCAUUCGUGCACAAGUCGUGUCUGACGGCCUCGAAUGGCGCUUGUAGGUCGCUCCUACAGCUGACCAUGUUUGUUUCAGCUCGCCAGUCAUGGGUUCUCUGUCUCUCUCGGCCGAGCACUUGUGCACCGUCAAGGGCAAACUGAAGAUUAUUUCUGAGACUAUGCAUGACGACGGUUGAUCGUACUUCUCUCUUAAUGGCAAGGGUAUGUUCGUGAAUACUCAUUCUUAGUCGUUUUUCGGUCAUGUCGCAACAGUUAGUGAGACCGUCUGGACAGUUUACGCCUUAAACAACUGACAUGUUCCCAGGUGAUAACCAACUCUUGGACUGCAUGAGCAAGCGACGGAUAGUGAUCGCAGGCCGAUAUGCGUGACCCACACUGGGUGAUUUUUUAUGCGUCCAGUGGUUUUAAAGAUGUCCCCCACAAGACACGGGGGUUUCAGGCCUUUGUUUUUGUUCACCGCCGGUCUUGGUGUGCCUUCAUCUUCCCUCUUCAACUCCUUGACGGUCAUUACCCCGGCUGAGGAGAUGGUUCGACGUGGAAUGUGGUAUAUGACGAGAGAUGAGACUCGUUGGCGAAUCGAGUUUUUCGAGUCUUCUGUGGUCCUCGUUUUUGAGUUAUCCCCGGCGACCACUCAACCGAAAUCAGUUCCAGCAGGUCGUUUUAGAGAAACACUCUUUGGCGUAGUGUCGGACCUGAGCCAGUUGUGUGGAAAGGCAUAUUGUUCCCAUUUUGACCCCUAUCUACAGGAAAAUAUGUCCCAAUGCCGUGCGUGGCGAAGCGCCUCGCGCCCGGAAUUAUCAUGAGGAUAUAUCACGUUCCUCUCCCCCCAAAGAAGACGAUGAAGUAGAGUAGGCGAGUUCAUGGACUGAAACCUUGGUUUCCCGAAGAAGACGAGCGAACAAGGGGACGCUGGCUUGUGGUUCAGUUUCGGGGAGAUCGUUUCAGGGGUACCUUGCGCACGUUGACAGAGCGAGACGAAUUUUCAAUGGCAGGAAAGCCUACUACCUACUUCCCGAGCAUCCAGCGACAAACGGAUCCAAACCGUGAAUAAAAAGAUGGACAUUGAUGAUGCCUGUGGACUGUAUACGAUGAUCUAACCCCUGUCAGAGCUGGCUACUGUGUAGGUACCUAAGGCACAUACACCCUCCCCCAACAUAUACUCCGCAAUUGGAAUCAUGUGAUCACCGUUCUCAGGUGAAUAGAACAUGCACAGUUUCAGCUCCGAGGACAAUCGAUCGCAGACGCUAGCAAAUCCAGGAAUAAUCCAACCGAACCAUCAAGUUGGCGCUGACUGGUUCUCACGUGAGACACGCUAAUCACACGCUCCCUCGUCGUUCUUGUGAGCACGCGCGCGCAGACCUAGGAUCGGUCUUGCAUCCAGGGCCCGGGCCGGCAUCAGGCCACUGCAAAAUGUGCACCUUCAACCAAUGCGUUUCCCCUCCGUAAAUGAAGCUGGGCUCUGUAGUCGUGGUGGUUUAGGUACGUCAGCUGUAUUAUCCUCCACAACUGGCGUUGUUCUGUAGGGGGUCUGAGUGACCGGUCUGUAAUUCGUACCCUCCGAAAUGUUGGGUCAGGAACGUCAAUGCAUUCGUCGGAAUUAAAAGGGCGGGGGGGGAGAUGAGCGGCGUGCGGACAUUGAAGGCAUUGUAAAAAUCGGUUUUUCGAUAUUAAGUUUACAAUGGAAGAGCAGUUUUUGUGGCUUAUUGCGGGGGGAUUUGGCCUCUGUUGCAGUUUUCCAAGUUUUUAAUUUUUGAUGGUAGUAUAGGUGGAGGAGGCACGCGUGUCGUAGACGGCGGAGGCGGCUGCAUUCAGAUAUACAGGUCGAUGCCUUAGGAAUUGCGUGAAGAAACACAAGUGGUCCGUCUGUUGGCCUGAUCAGCCCACAUCUAGCCGCCAGAACUACUUUGCAGCUUUUUUGAUCCACUUCAUCCAUGAUCCACAUUGUUUAUUUUACAGCCCCGAUAUUUCGAUGCGAAAUGAAGGUCGUCGAGCCUGGCCGAUUCUUCACCAGAGGCAAGUCUCGCAAGCCCUUCACUUUCCAUAG